GGACACUGUAGAGCCGCGUGACCUGGCAGCGACGCAGCGCUUCAUAACACAAAAGCCGAGAGAGAGAGAGAGAGAGAGAAAGAGAGAGAGAGAGAGAGAGAAAGAAAGAGAGGAGGAAAAGAAAGGAAAAUGGCGAGCGGGGAGGAGGCCGCGCGCCCGUCCGUCCCGUCCUCCUCCUCCUCCUCGGGCAGUGCGGUGGGGCUCGAGGCGCUGUUCCCGGCCGCGUGCUCGGAGCGGAGCGACAGCCCCGAGCUGCUGAGGCUCCGGCGGCGGCUGCAGCGGUGGCUCGCGCCCCACGAGCGCGCGCUGCUGUGCGCGCAGAGACUGCUGGUGUGGGAGAGGCCCGUGCACAGCGCCGUGGCCGCGCUCGCGCUCAACACCGCCUUCUGGCUGUUGUCGUCUACUUCUUUGCGUCCUCUGUUUCUCAUCGGUGCGUCCCUGCUCGCCUUCACCCUGUUGGACAGAUGGAAGGACAAGCUGCCUCAGAUCGCUGUUCUCUACGCAGAGGCACCCGGGAUAGAACGAGAGAGCAUGAGCGUCCACCCGAGGCUGCUGAGCGUGGCCGAGCUGAGCCACCACCUCGCCGAGAGCUACCUGACCUGCAGCCUCUACGUCCAGGAGAUGCUUCAGUACAAACGCCAGAAUCACGGCAAGUUCUGUGUGGUGACGUGUUCAGGAUGCCUGCUGCUGGCCGUGGUUGGACACUACAUCCCCGGAAUCAUGAUCUCCUACAUUAUUUUGCUGAGCGUCUUGCUCUGGCCUCUGGUCGUGUACCAUGAGCUGAUCCAGAAGAUGUACACGGGAUUGGAGCCGAUCCUGAUGAAGCUGGACUACAGCAUGAAGGGAGACACGCAGCACCGCAAACACGACAAGAGAAAGGUGAAGAAGGAGCAGGAAGAAGGAGAUGAGCCGAGGGCAGAGACGGAGAGCGAGAGCGAGGAGGAGCUCUCCUGCUUCGCCCCCACUGUGGACGUGAAGACCACGGCGUUGGCGAUGGCCAUCACAGACUCGGAGCUCUCUGACGAGGAAGCGUCCAUCCUCGAGAGCGGAGGAUUCUCCGUGUCCAGAGCCACCACGCCACAACUCACAGACGUUUCAGAAGAUUUGGACCAGCAGAGCGUGCACAGUGAACCGGAGGAAAGCUUUUCCAGGGAUCUCCCAGAAUUCCCCUCGGUGGAGGAGUUCCCGUCCAUCGAGCCCGGACUCUUUCACUUUCCCCUUGGUGCCCAAGAGGAGUCUCAAAGCCCGGCCAGCUUGUUCAUCCAGCGCCUCACCUCGCCGCUGCACUUCGUCAACACGCACUUCAACGGACAAGGACAAGGCCGCGGCGCACCGAGCGAGCCGGAGGCGUCGCCUCGCACCCUGGAGGCCCUGAGCCAGGAGAUCGUGAGCACCGCCAUCUCCACCGUGGUGCAGAACACCCUCGAGGCCCUGCUGAGCUCCUCGGAGGCGGCAGAGGCGCCCGGCGUUGCCGAGUUCCUUCCUUCCGAAACGCCACCGUGUCCUACAGAGUCGCCUCUCGACGAAGCGGACAGAACCGGCGAGGACACGACGCUCGUUCCGCCAGAGGACGAGGACUUCGAGCUUCUGGACCAAAGCGAACUGGAGCACAUGGACGACGGGCUCGGGUCAGGGUUUGACGGACAGGUGACUCCGACAGACGCGCCGUCUAGCGACCAGCAACCACAGGAGUCCUAGCUUGUUCCGUAUCCACGUAGCGAACUGCCCCGUUUAUUUAUAGCGUAGAUACGUUCCACACACUGAAGGCUCUCUGUCAUCAGUCGCUGUUUUUGAUUGCGCUGAGAUCUCACUGUGACGGAUUUCACGCUUCGGAAUGUGAGCUUUGUUCUCGAGUGAGAAAGGGAGAACGCUGAGCGACGGGAAGUUUUGGCGCCUUCACAUCCAAUACGUAUAAAUAUAUGGAUUGAUGGCGUCGCGUUUGAGGCUCAGCGCUCUGGUGAAGAAAAAAAAAAUCUUUACAGGUAUCACUUGAGAUCUUGAAGGAAAAAUCGACCCUGAAUAACUUUUAUUCAGAUUUCGUUUUUUUUUAUUUUAAACUCUUAGACACAUUGGGCCGUUCCGCUGAUAGUGAGCGGCCAUUUUGAUUUCGACGUCGCUCCCUGAACUCGGCGUCGGGGGACGUUUCCUAGUCGGAGGUUGUAAAUUCUGAAUUACAAUUCUGAGUUUUAGUCGAAAGCAGCUAGAGAUAGCGAUGCGGCGGCGCUUUAGUCUUUUUAGCCCUGUCCAUCUCUCUCAUCCGUUCACUCUGUCCAAACCGAUCAGCUUCUAAAGAUCCGCAUCGCGCUCGUCACGUUGUAGAUCGCUAACUAGCCGAGCCGAAUUUGAGUCUAGCGUUCACUCGGACGCCUCCGCGAUCGUACGUUGAAUUUCUCAUUAAUACGACGUUUAAUUUCUCUGGAAAAAAGUGACAAAAGAAGCUCUUGCGCUUUGGUUUUUAGGCGCUAACCUAAAAACCAAACCUUACGCGAGGUCACUGAAUUUACAAGUUUCGCUGAAGUCUGUUAUAACUGUUUAUCAGCAAAUAAAAAUGAGCAUCGAUAAACACAUGACACAUAUUUCAGUAUAAACAUGUUUCAGGGUGGAGUUUUCCUUUAAGAUGAAACUCAAAGGCCAUAAUAUCGAUCCAGUAUGAUAUCCUGCUUACUGAAACGAAUCUUUACGAAAUUUCUGUACGUUUUUUUUUUUCUUUUCCAGACUUGCUUUAUCCUUUUAAUGAAAGGCAUUUCUUUCUUUUUUUUCUCUCUCUCUCUCUUCUGCCACUCACAAAUAGUGAUAACGACGAUGAUAAUGAAAUCUCCACAGAAAGAAUUUCACUAAGCAGGAUUUCUCAGCCGAACCUGUAGAUCGUUCUCUUCUUCAGUUAUUAAGAAAAUCCUGUUUUGGGAGAUUUCGCAUACCGUCAUAUCGUCAGACAGCUACAAAAAUAAAUAUUCAUAAAGAAGGGAGUAAUCCUCGUGUGAGCAUUAAACAUCCUGCUGUAAAAAAAAAACAAAUAAACAAAAAAAAAAAACAAGGGAUAACAAUGUUUUAUUAGUGUGUAGAUUCACAAAUCCUUAACCGAGAGACCUAAGCACUCAAAGAUUAUACUAGUGUAACUUUAAAGAGAUGUUUUAUCGUUUAUAGUUCUGUUAAUAUUAAUAUAAAAUAUAUAAAAUAUAUAUAUAUUGUGUGUACGUCUGUGUCUUCUUGGGGGUCGGGGACUUUUUAUUUAUCCAUAUCGCUCAGUCAUGACGUAAUACUGUACAACUUGAUGUAUGCCUUGCUCAGUUUGCAAUUAUUUGAUUUCUACAGGAUGUUGUGUUCUAUUAAAUCCAGUUUGGCAUCUUG